AAUCCAGGUUCACAAUGCCUUAAGGAUGGUUACGUUUUAAAAGACUCCACAAGCAAUGACUGUAAUCCUCCUUCCUACUUUACCUGUAUUGGAAAUCCAUACUGUGGCGGUCUCUAAAAGCUCUAAGCAUGCCUGGACUAUAAUUUCAAAGAGAGCAAUCAAAAAUAAAAAGAAUCCUUUUUUUAAAAAAUAAUGUCUUUCUUUUCUAAAAAAUAAGUAGCAGGAAUAUGUGUUCCUUCCUAAUAAUGUUCAGGUUAAAACGAUUGCUCUACAUAUAGUGGCUCUCUAUUAAGGUAUUGCCAAGACUAAGGUUUUAAAGAUUAAAAAACAACUCCUACAGCUCAUGGAUGUGGCUGCGUAUGUAAAAACGAAACUCCAUGUGAAUAAAAUGUAUACUGCCCAACCACUUAAACAGCCGUAAGUUGGGCAAGAUGUAUACAAGCUGAAACUUGUUCAGAUGACUGUAUAAGUGCAGGUUAUAUAAAAGGAAAUGAUAAUAAAUGUCUACCUCCCCUAUAUGAAACUUGUUCUGCGUAAAAUUAAUGCUCCGAAGCCUGUUUAAAUUAUGGUUUUUAGAAUUAAAACAAUAAAUGCAUACCCACAUCUUGUUUAAGUUAAGACUAUAGUUUACCUUGCCGUGUAAACACUAGUUAUUGCCAAGAUUUAGGCUUUGUUAAUAACUAAAAUAAUGUAUGCACAUGUGACACUGAUUCUGCAUAUGAUGAAAUUACCAAAAAAUGUAACAGAGUGAAAACUACAUGGAAUUAUUGCGUAAAAUAAGUUGGUUCUUACACCACUUGUCCAGAAAUAUGUUUAAAUGCUGGUUAUGUUUUAGACUAAAAGACUCAAUGCACACUUCCUAAAGAAAUAUGUAGUUUAGACUAAGCCUGUGAUGAUAAGAAUAAACCAAGUAAUUUUAAAUAGGCUUGCCUAGAUUAUGGAUAUUAGUCAGAUGCAAACGGAAAAUGUGAAAAUAAAUGUUAUACUUAUACUAAUAAGUAACCUUGUGACCAAUAAUUAUGCGUAGAUACCCAUUAUACCUUUUCUAAUGAUGUAUGUGGUUGCCUUUCUCCUUUCUAUGUACAAGACGCUACUUCUAUGUAAUGUAUAUUCCAAUAUACAUACGAUAAUUGCACUAAAUCUUCAUCAUAUGAACCUUCAUGUCCCAAAGUUUGCCUAGAUUAAGGUUUCACAAACUCUGAAACUAACACCUGUAUAAUUUCAUUGGACACAUGUAUCCCUUCUACUCCUACAAAUAAAUGCUAAACAGCCUGUUUAUAAUAUAUAGGACUACCUGAAGAUGAUGUCCACAAAGGCUAAACAUGCACAAUUCCUGAUUGUAAGGAUGCUACCUAAGUAUGUUCGCAAUAUUGCCUCGAAAGAAACUUUACAACCGAAGCUACUCUAUGUAAUUGUAGUCCUAAUAAUUUCUAUUAUUAUUAAGUUAAUAAAUAAAAUUAUUGUCUUCCUUUAGGUAUCGAUACAUGCUUAAAUUAAAUAAAAACCUUAAAUAUACCUUGCCCUGAUGUUUGUAUAAAUAGAGGUUAUUUAAAGGAUGAGAAAAAUAAUUUUUGUGUCUUUAACCCUACAACCUGUAUUGGAAAAGAUAUAAAAGCUUGCAAUUGUAACAGUGAUUUGCCUGGUUAAUGUAUUUAGGCAUGUAUAGAUGCCGGAUUUGAAAAUUAAACAGAUGGAGUUUGCAAAUUUUCAGGAUGUUACUCAGAAAAAAAUAAAUGUGCCGAUGUUAAAACUAGAGAAGGACUAUUAUGUCAAAACUUGAGAUUUGUAUCUUAAGGAGAUGCAUGUAUGUGCUAAUCUAAUUACUUUUCAGAUUAAGGAAAGUCUUUCUGUUUACCCAUUAAGACUUAAAACUGUUUAAAUUAAAAAGUUACUUGUACAAAAGAGUGCCUUAAUGCAGGAUAUGAUGGCCUUAAAACUUCUUGUACAUAUCCAGAAUUCUAAACUUGUGUUAAAGAGAAAGCUACUGUAUGUGAUGUUAAUAGUUAAGACUAUAAAUAAGCAUGCAUUGGAGCUUAGUUUAAAUCUUAAGAUGGAAAAUGUUAAGUACCUACUGAUUGUUAGAAUAAUACAAAAUGCUAUGGUGCUUGUUUUAGUUCUGGAUUUUCUGCUGAUAGUACUGGUAAAUGUAUUUGUGAAAGUCCGAAAGAAGUUAAUGAUUAUAUGUGUAUAGAUAAAUAACUAUUUAGUAGUUUAAUUUAAGUUUCUAUGAUUUUGCUAGUUGUUUUGA